CACGGCCGGGGUUGCUUUGCUGCCGCACUCCGCUGUUACCGCGCCCCGCUCCGCACCGCUCCGCACCGCCGCCAUGACCGUCACACGGCUCGACCAGGGCCAGCGCUACCGCCCGCGGAUGGCCUUCCUGAAAAAGAUUGAAACACUCAUGAUGGAGAUGCAGAACCCAGACACGGGAGUCAAGACACAGACGCAGACGGUGAUGAUCACCAACAUCCCCCACGCUGUGACAGGUAAUGAUAUAAUGCAGUGGAUUCUUCAGCGCUUGCAGAUCACUGCAGAAGAGGCAUUCCACCUGGGAGACCUGUUUGUCAAAUAUGGGUAUAUCUACCCUCUUCAGGAGCCAAAGAACCUCACCCUUAAGGCAGAUGGCAGCCUCUACAGGUUUCAAACCCCCUAUUUCUGGCCAGUGCAGAGCUGGGCUGCUGAUGACACAGACUAUGCAAUUUAUCUAGCAAAGAAGAACAUUAAAAGGAAAGGGAUUUUGGAAGAAUAUGAAAAGGAACAUUACAACAUGCUCAAUCAAAAAAUAAACUACAAGUGGGAUUUUGUUAUUAUGCAGGCCAAGGAGCAGUAUAAGGCAGGGAAGGAGCGGAAGAAGGAGGACAGGUACACCCUGGACUGCCAAGAGAGAGCCUACUGGCUUGUGAACAGAACUCCCCCGGGCAUGGUGGACGUCCUCGAGUAUGGAUUAGACCGUGUCACAGAUCCCAAUGAAAACAAGAAAAAUACUAUGGAAUUUUUUAGGAGAGAGAUCAUGUACUAUCAGCAGGCCAUCCUGAAGACCAGAGUGAAAUCUUCUGUCUCUCUUGGAGGGGUUGUGAAGUACUCUGAGCAGUUCCUCUCCAACGAUCCCAUCCUGUCUGGAUGUCUCCCCAGCAACCCCUGGAUAUCAGAUGACCCUGAGUUCUGGGAUCUCAAUGCAAAGCUGGUGGAAGUGCCCACCAGGAUGCGCGUGGAGCGAUGGGCCUUCAACUUCAGCGAGCUGAUCCGGGACCCCAAAGGCCGCCAGAACUUCCAACUCUUCCUGAAGAAGGAGUUCAGCGGAGAGAAUCUGGGUUUCUGGGAAGCCUGUGAGGAUCUCAAGUACGGAGACCAAUCCAAGGUCAAAGAAAAAGCAGAAGAAAUCUACAAGCUCUUCCUGGCUCCAGGAGCAAGGCGCUGGAUUAACAUCGAUGGCAAAACAAUGGGCAUCACAGUCAAGGGCCUGGAGCACCCUCAUCGUUAUGUUCUAGAUGCUGCUCAGACCCACAUUUACAUGCUGAUGAAAAAGGACUCCUAUGGCCGCUAUUUAAAGUCUCCAAUAUACAAGGAAAUGCUGGCCAAAGCUGUUGUGCCACAAGAGGGUGUCAAAAAAAGCACGGGUUUGUUCGGACGCCGCCACCUCCGCUCCAGCCCCAGCCCCAUCAUCCUGAGGCAGCAGGAGGAAGAGGCCAAAGCCAGAGAAGCCGCCAACACCGUGGAUAUCACGCAGGUCAUGAGCAAGCUGGAUCGCAGGAACCAGCUGCAGAAGGAAGCUCCUCCCAAGUAGGCUCUGAGCCCCGCAGGGAAAAGACAAGGCGAGGCUGGUGUUGAGCUUCGUCUCCCCUUCCUGAAGGUGUCAGUGCUGCUUUAGGUUUCCCAGGCCGGCUCUGCCCUCAGCCAGCUUCCCGCGCGUUGCCAUGGCUUCUGGAGAGCAGAUGUCACUUCCCAGCACGCCAGGCAGGGAGUGCUGGCACAGUGCUGCUGUGCCAGGCUCGGGGUGCAGCACCCGGCCCCCUCCCCGCACACCUGGGAGGGGAGAUGCCUUCUGCUCCCCGACAUCCCCCGGGAGGCUGCAGAGCCCGGCUGCCUCUCCCUGCAUCCCGCUCCUCCGGGAGGAGGUGUCACAAGGCAGGGGAAAGCUUUGCCCCAGAGCUUCGGGUUCAGACAAGCCUUCCUUGGAGCAGAGGGGGCUGACCCCGCGAGCAGCAGGGCGAGGUGACUCAGCUCAGAGUGUCCCUGCUGGCCUCCAUCCCCUCGGGGGCUGGGCACCCUCCCAAGGGGUGCAUCUGGCAGCCCCUGGGAGGAGCACACCCCCCCACCCUGCACCUCCAGCCAGCACAGCGGGGCCACGGGCACAAGAGCUGCGUGUGGGAACAGUAGCACGAGCACUUCUGAAGGUUACCUGACCUUCUGAAUUUGCCCCUGGCAAGCUGGAGAUGAUCAGCAGGAAGCUCUGCUCCGCUCUCCCCGUGACUCCUGUGCCCUGAGCUGGGUGUGCAGGUGCAGAGCUGCCCCUUGCCAGAGCCCGCACAAGGCCAAGAGAGAUUUUAUCAAAUCCUUCCCACCUCUUGUCUUGUCUUUUUCCUGCUCAUCUAUUUUCUGUUGUUAAAAACCUAACAGGAGGUAGCUGCAGUUGUCGCUGGCUUGUAGCCCAGAGGCAAGGGAGAACAGGGUAGAGGUGUUAAGAGCUGAUUUCAACUUUAAGUAGUAUUUUCUUUUUCAUUUUCUCUGUCUCUUUUGCUCCGUAGAAUGAGGCAAGCUAAAAUACUACAUUAGUGCUAAAGAGCUCAGGGAGAUUCCAGGCCUUGCUGGGAAAGCCCAGCAUGCCUGGACCAGGCCAGUGAUUACCAGAAGUGUGAAGAUUCCUGCAAAUCCCAGUAAAAGGAACUGAAGGGGCAGAAAAGCUUCCUUGCUUGUUUAAAUUUAA